AAUGAAAUUCAAAGAGGUGGGGAAGUAAAUAGGAGCACAAGCUUAAUCAGAGUUAGAAAUAGACAGUCCUGGUAGAGGAUUGUUCCACAGGGUGUGUGCUUCUGUGAGGUUCUUGUUCUCAAGUGACUCAAGCCCUUGCCUCCCUAACACAUGCCGUGACUUUCCAGAGUUACUUUGCAGCUCAUCUUUGUCCGUUAUUAUUCAGUUUUGAUAGGAAGUUAUUGCUGUAUAUCUUUUGUAGGUUGCUGCUUGGUCAGACGAGGCACGUGUAGGCUUUUCUUGGGUUUCUGUAUUAAUUGGAGAGUUACUAGGUGCUUGACUUAUGCUUCUGUAGAGUUUAUCCAGCUUGCCAGUGUCCUUGCGCUAGCCGGGGGCUUGGAGCUAAGCACGCGCUUUCACAUGUGAUGGUCGCUCUACUGUGGGAGUGAUUUUCUGUCCGUAUUCUUCUGGCACGUAACUGCAGUCUGAAACCGCAUCACGCCUUUCAUUCUCAUCUGUGCUGGUGUUAGCCGAGCCCUUUUUAAUGAACUGUGGUGGAGCGGUUCUGCCUGUCUAGAAUCAGCGUUUUCCAUCCCAUGGGCCACGUUGAUCCUCUGCUGUCCUACGAUACUUGUGAGCUCUUGGCUGUGGUGCCUUGCGACACUAAUGGUGGAAAUAACCUGCGAACCAUGGGAGCUGAGGCUUUGGGAAAACUUCUUAGGCAGAAUAAAUCCAUCAGGAGCUUAAUCUUGGAAUGGAACAGCCUUGGCGUGUGGGAGGAGGGAUUCUCCUUUUUCUGCCAAGGACUGGGAGCAAACAACUUUCUCCAGCGGCUAGAUCUGCGCAAUAACCAGAUCAACCAUCAAGGGGCUGGAGAGCUGGCCCUGGCACUGAAACAAAAUGCCAGCCUUCAGGAGCUGGAUUUGCGUUGGAAUAAUAUUGGGCUUCUGGGUGGCCGAGCUUUGCUGAACUGCCUGCACAGCAACAAGACCCUGAAGAGGCUGGAGCUGGCUGGGAACAACGUUCCUAGUGACAUCCUGAAAGCUGUGGAACAAGCCAUGGAUCACAACCAAGACCGUCAGGCUAUCCUGAGAGAGACCCAGAACCGAACAUACAUACUCAGCAAGGAGGUUUCGAGUCUGAAGGAUGAGAAGACCAAGCAGUUCUUGGACUUGAUGGACACUAUAGAUAAACAGAGAGAAGAAAUAGCCAGGAGUGGCAGGAUGUCUGCAGCACGAGUCAGCCAGCUGCAGGAAGCAUUGGAUGAGCAGCACUCUAUUAUGAAUUCACUGAAAGCCAAGCUGCAGAUGACUGAAGCUGCCCUGGCUCUGUCUGAGCAGAAGGUGCACAGUUUGGGAGAGCUACUGAAUGCCACAAAACAGGAACAAAGCAGCAUGGCUGAGCGCCACUUUACGGAGCUCCAGCAGCAAAAGCAGGAAGGUGCUGAUCGGGAAGGCAAGCUUUUGCGCGACUUGUCUGCUGCCAGUGAGAAAAAUCUGCUUCUAAGAAACGAGGUGGAUGAGUUGGAGAAGAAGUGCAAAGUUCANNAGGAUCAGCUUUUCCAGGUAAAACAAGACUUGACCAACACAACAGCAGAGCUGAAGCUGCGGGCCGUGCAGGCUGAGGAACGCCUGGAAAUGGAGAAGAGAAGAUUUAAACAAAGCCUUGAAGACAUGGAAUCCCUUCGGUUAAAAGAGGUGGAUCAUAUGACACAGCACAUUGAGGCCAGUGAACGUUCCAUGCAGGACAGGAUCCAGAGGCUGGAGGCCAUCAGGAUAGCUCUGGAGGAGGAGCUGAGCCGAGUCAAAGCAGCUGCACUCACUGAGCGAGGCCAGGCAGAGGAGGAGUUAAUAAAAGUCCGGAAUCAGGCACGGUUGGAGGAGCAGCAACGAUUAGAACACCUGGAAGAGAAGCUGCGGCUGAUGACUGAGUCACGGGACGAAGCUCAGAACUGCUGCCUUAGGCAAAAAGAGAUGGUUGCUGAGGCCCAGGCCAAAGCCAAUCAGUUGAGCCUGCAUGCUGAUGGACUCAGAAGGCGGCUAGAGGAACUUCAGCAGGACCUGAACAGUAAAGAAGAGGAGAAAGUGACAGAGGUGAAUAAAGUGAAAGUGGAAUUACAGGAGCAAAUUGGACACCUGCAGGCUGAACGCACAGCACAGGAAGGGCUGAGAGAGAAGAUUGCAGCCCUGGAGAGACAGCUGAAAGCCCUAUCAAGUAAUCACCGUGAGGCACUGCUGGACAAAGAAGGUGAAAUCUCUAUGUUGCUGGAGAAGCUGAGAAUGAAGGAGGCUGACAUCUCUAGGAUGAGGGAAGAAGAGGCCCAGCGGGCAAGUUUCUUGCAGAAUGCUGUCAUGGCAUAUGUACAGGGCUCCUCCUUGGGAACCUACAGUUCUAGGAAAUGAGAGUAUGACUUAAAAAAUCCAG